AUGGAAACAAUCGCACCGCCGCCUAAGCUGAGCCACCUCUUCAGUCUUCGAUGCGCGGUUGAUACGCCCAUGGAGAUUGGCCACGGGCCUUACGGUCGGCGUCGUUGUGUGCCCAUUUUAUCAGGUACUGUGAACGGUCCUCAUUUCAAGGGAGAAGUUGUACCUCUGGGAGGUGCAGAUUUUAUGAUUGUUGAAGAGGACCAGACUACCCAUGUCAACACCAAUUACGUCAUUAAGAGUGAUGACGGGGCGUUUCUAUAUAUUCGCACCGAGGGAACAAGAGCAGGACCACCUGAGGUACUCAAGGCACUCAUGGAGGGAGGACCUGUCGACCCCAGUCAAUAUUGGUUCCAUCUUCAUGUUCGGAUUGAAACCGGACAUGAAAAGUACAAAUGGAUGAACGAUCGUGUGAUUGUGGGACGGGCGACACGAGCCAAGGGGGAGGUGGCAUACGAUGCUUAUUUCUUGGAGAACAGUCCGUAA